AUGGAUGAAGACGACUGGCUAGAAGCUGCCUGUGAACAAGCGGCUAAGUAUCCGACCGAGAAAACAUAUCAAGCAUCCGAUGUACCACCAAGCGUGAGGGGAAACUAUCUUUACCGACUCUGGGACAAUCAGGGUCUUCUUUUCGACGGCCGUCGUCCAUCAUUGGUAUUUGUAGAGAAGGCGCGAAAAGAUGAAACUUAUAGCACGAAAAAUGUGCACAAAUACAAAGAUCUGCAGGAACAUCUUUCUAUGCGGAAAGAUCCGGACUGCAGACAUGUAUUCAUCGAGGCCAACAAUUCGAGAGCCCCCAUGAACUGUACGCUACCUAUGCUACAGCUUCUAUUGACUUUCCUCCAAGUGAACCCAAUUUUCUUGGAUUCUAUGCAUGCUUUUGGCGACCACAUGGACGCAGUGGAUGCACCUCUGUGUCAAUUCCAAUUUGACAGCCACGCCUGUGGGGGACUCCGGAAAAAAGAUAAAGAGGCUAAACAUCCUUGGUCCAUUCGGCAAACCGCUGUCUAUCACGCAUUCGAUCUGGAGACCGGUCGAGCAUUCUGGAUCAGCAUUAAGAGCAACAACAUACAAGACGCCAUAAAAAUAGAUACGGCAGGGUACCAAGGGCAAGAUUCUAUAGCCCAACCUUUCCUCUUUACAUUAAAGACUCACCUGGUGUAUAUCCGAUGGUGUCAAGAAAGCUGGCCCUGGUUCGUCCGUGAUCUUGAAAAUGAGGUCCGCAAUACACUGAUUCGGGCUCGGACAACCCCUGUUGGUCGGGAGCCAUAUUUCGACGAUGAUGAAUAUGCCUAUGGCGGUGCCAAUGACCAGAACGUCGCCGGCCACCGUAGAAGAUGUAUGAGUGGUAGUCUUGCUGUGUUGAAAUCGACAUUGAAGAAAGCUGGCCUUCCUCUGAUCCGUAUUCAUAGUAACGGAGAAUACUCAAAUGAGCAGUCAAAUACCCGCCAACUUUGGAGAUCUGGCACUGCUAGACACUGGCCUGGUCCUUCACGGAUAUUAAAAAGUUUCAAUUUUGAAGACCUCCAACGGCUCAAUAUCAUCGGAGAGAGGAUACAAGAAGCAGUUCUAGUUAUAAAACUAGAUUCCAAGGCCUUAGCUGAGCUUCGGAUGUACUACCAAAACUUAAAGGGACAGAGCGAAUUUCCUGAAGAAUGCUCCAAACAUCUACCUCCUUUUCUGGAAAAGGUCCAAUCAGCCGUUGAUUGCAUGGAGACACGGAGGAUACAGCUUGAGUCACUAACCCAAAGACUUGAGGAAGGGAAGAGGCUAAAUUUGGAAAUGAGCAGAGUGUACGCCGAAGAAGCGAAACAAACCGCAACACAUAUGGAAAAGAUCGCGUUUCGAUCAGCAAACGAGACAUCUUCAAUGCAUAUCAUCACCAUAGUCACUCUUAUAUUCCUCCCGGGGACAUUCGUCGCGACGUUCUUUCAAAGCGGUGUACUGCAAUGGCAAGAUGCGGGUUACAUCCAGGAAAAUUGGCUAUUCCGACCUGCGAUCUUCCACCUCUUUCUAGCGAUCUGCCUACCACUAAUGUUCGUGAUUUUUCUGGCUUGGUCCUUGACUUCAUGCUAUGGGGAGCGAAGAUAUAGGCAACACGUAUUCAACAAUACGGAAAGUACUCACCCAGGAAAACGGCGGCUCGAGUGCUAA